GGCCGGGCAGGACCGGCGCUUCCCCUCUGGUUGGACACGCUCACCCACUGAAAGAGGAAACACGAAGCCUUUACAUCUCUGAUCUGGCGUGUGUGGAUCAAUGAGACAUUUCGUUGAAGCAGUCUAACAUCGGGGCAGAGGGGACGUGAGGACAUAAUAUAGCACAUAAUCAUACCGCAGCAUUAGUCUUCAAACAAUGUCUGCGAUUUAUGGAAUAAAGGACGACUUUUGGAUCAAGGACGACCUGUGGCCCAAGGAUGACAUUUUGAAGUCGAGGAAAGAGGAACCUAUCUUGGAACUUCAGUAAAAAUAUGGAGGCAAUGACCAACAUGGAUCCCGUAGUCAAGAAGAAUGUCACAGUAGAUAAAAACGCUGCAGCGUUUUUGGACGUCUUCACAGCCAACACAGCAAAUAUGGACACCUCCACAGUCAACACACACGCCUUAUCCGUAAACGCAGCCUCUUUCGUACCAAACACGGACUCCCCCUUAAUAAACUCAAACGCCUCCACAGGAGACACAGACGCCUCCGCAGCAGACACAGUCGUCUUGGUAAAAAUGGACGCUUCACUAGACAUACAGCUUUCAGCAAACCCAGGCACCUCAGUCAUGGACGCCCCACAAGCAUGCGAGAUGUCAUCAGGACCCUCGGGAACAUCACAUGAGGAUUCCUUGCACAGCAUGUCAACCUGGAUGACCCCGCCUCGGUUCUAUUACCCCUCAUGGCACGGAGACGCACUUUCCGUCGUCUACCAAAUGCCUUCAUCCUCAGAGUCCUUAACACUCGAGGGAACCACCGAACAAUAUGGGUGUCCACCAUACCUCGAGAACUCCUUAGUGGACGAAGACUCAAUUUCCAGGGUCCAGCAAUUGACACCGUCUGGAGAGUUUUCCACACUCGAGGGAAGUAUUCAACCCUGGAUGAAGCCCAACGGUCCCCUGUAUGAAGAACAUUUCCGGGAUUCCGCGGCCCAGCCGAACACAAACCAUUCGUACUCCAUCUCCAGGAACCCCGAACCCCGGCCAGAAGCUCCGGACACUUCCCCGGAAGCAGUGUUCAAGAACAUGAUGCUUAAGAACCGUGUUACGUUUUGCAAUAUUCCAAGAGGUGCGCACUAUGAACAGAUCAAAACUCUGGUGGGGAAAAGUGGUCCUGUAUUCCGUAUGACCAAAGAACAAAAUAUGAUGCAUGUUAUAUAUCUUCAAGAGAAUGGAGCAGAAAAGGCAUUUAACACAAAACACCGGCUACUAGGGCAAGACCUGGUGGUGUUACGGCCGACCAGCAGACUGUGCUCACUCUUCCUGGGCGGGCUGCCCCCGGGCACCAGUAAUAGACACAUAGUGAAGGCGGUUGAUGCAUAUGGUGCCAUAAUAUCCAUGACUCGACCCACUCACCCCAACAACGGCUUACCGGUUAAUUAUUGUUUCGUUUUUAUAAAGGAGACUGCAGGAAUGAAGAUCCUGGAACAGAAAUAUAUUAACAUCAACAACAGAUGGGUUUUUGUUGAACUGGCAAAGAAUCAGUUGGUAGAGCCCAGACCUCUCGGAGUCUAUAAGGUGUUCCUUAAACACCUUCCUGACGACAUAUCUUAUCUUGAAGUCAGAGAAUAUUUCUCCCAGUUUGGAAAUCUGCUCAGAGUAUUUGUGAAAAACAAAAAGGGAUUUUUGUGUUUUGACUCGGAGGAGGCGACGCAGUACGUACUGAGUGUGGUUCACGUUCUAAAAGGGAAGAUCAUCACAGUAACUGAAGAUGACGUGCCGGAGAUCCAGCUCUUCUUCGGCGGCCUCCCCCCCAACGUCUCCAACGACACCAUCAUGGAAGAAGUAAGUAAAUAUGGCACUGUGCUGGACAUGUUCCGACCGCACGAUAAGUUUACCGGUGAAUUAGCGUCCUUCUUCUUCGCUACCUUUGAGGACAGGUCAACUGCACAGUACCUCAUAGAUCGUGGCCACGUGCACAUACACUCCAAGGAAGUUCGUGUGAGACAGUCCAAGAGAUCUGUCUCUGGAGGAGACUACUUCACUUAUCAGUAGUACUCAAGUACAAUGUACACUACCAAAGGACUGUAAGGUUUUGAGGUUUAUAAUUAGACGCUGAGGUUUAUGUAAGGCGGAGAUUAUUAUAUAUGUCUUCUGUUUAUAAUGUGUUUAUCAGUACCUAAAUGUUCGUGACAAGUAUACCUGCCUGGACAACACCUGCCUGAGCAACAUCUCCCUGGACAACGCAUGCCUUCAACGCCUGCCUGGACAACGCAUGCCUUCAACGCCUGCCUGGACAACGCAUGCCUUCAACGCCUGCCUGGACAACACCUGUCUGAGCAACAUCUCCCUCGACAGCACCUCCCUGGACAAUACCUGAUUACAAAACACCUGCCUGGACUAAAACCUGUCUGGACAAAUACCUGUCAGAAAAACUAUGUCUGGACAAACAUCUGCCAGGAUAAAUACCUGUCUGGACAAACACCUGGUUAGACAAACACUUGCCUGGAGAAAAACCGUGCCUGGACAAACACCUGAUGUAUAUAUUAUAUACCUAUGGAUGCCAUUUUACAAUGCCCCAAAUAAUAAUUAUUAUCACAUAACUAUUUGUUAUAUAAAUACAUUUUCCUGAAGGAUGCCAAGUCGACCCAUUUGAUUUCGUCGCUUCCAAAAGAAUUUCACUUGAUAAAGAUCAGUUGCAAAAUGCAACAUACAUUAGUUUUACGUUUGUAAUUAGUUUUAUACUUUCCUUGU